AUGCUAGGCCACGGCGGUCGCCCGCACCCCGAGAUAGAGGACAUCGAGAACGAGAUUCGCACCCAGAUGUCGAGUAUUUUGGCGAGGGAGAAAGCUACAGGCCCGGUGGCGCAGGAGGUGACAAUUCAUACAGACCUCCGAACCGCGAUCGGGAACGUGACCGGGACCGGUUUGCUGCAGACUCGUGGACCGCCGACAGAAGAGACGGACGACGGGAUGAAAGAAGAGAUGACAUUGACUCUUACGUGCCAAACACGAGUGCAAGGGCUACAAGGCCACGAAGUCGAUCCCCAGCCUUUCGACGACGCUCACGAACCCCGCCGAAUAGAAGAGAAGAUUUAUUUGCCAAUAGACGUUCACCCAUCCGCCGUUACUCUCCACGAAGAUCGCCACCAAGGAGGAGAUCUAGGUCACCGCCUGGUGCGAGGACACGAAGUCCCCCGGACACAAAGAGGUACAGAGAGUUUUCUCCUGACCCUGCGCGACGCUCACCAAAACGCGAACGUCGAUUUUCCCCCGAACGAAAUCGUUUCGACCGCGAACGGUCCCCUGUCAGAAAUUCUCCUAGAGGGGGCGAGAGUUACAGACCCAGGUCAAGAACGCCGCCGCGCCGACGGCAACACGACAACUGGGUCAUCUCCUCCUGUUCAUCCGGACCGCGCGAGCUUGACAGGUUCUCAACCAAGAUCACCCCCACAUCUCACUCGAGAUCAAUAUGACAGUGCCGACGCAGCCAGCCUUCGAGGCAGAUCACCUGCUGCAACUUCAGCUGCAGGUGGAGAACCACGCCCCCGGGAAACUGAUGUGAGCACACCGCGGGAUGAGGUACACGCGAACGGCGAGACCCGACAACCGCCCUCCGGUCCCAGCAGUUAUCGAAACGGCACGUACGAGAGACCGCCGCCCACCGGUCCAUCACGUAGUUUCAGUCAACCCAUCCAAUCGCCACCCACUGGCCCUGCAGCAUCGAUGUCAAUAUCCGCUCACAAUCGUGGUGGAGGCGCGUCCGCCCUGAACGCUCCUACCAGACCCCGUGGCUCUGUUGGUAGAUUCGACGGUCCCCCUUCUCGAGAUUUCUCGGCUCCCCCGGUGCGUGGUCGAAGCGGCUUACCAUUCAGGGGGCCCGCGCCCUACGGACCAAGAGGAGGCUCUUACGGACGUGGAAGCGACUUUAGCUCAAGCAACCGUGCUGAAUACAGUGGGGGGUCCAGCUACCGCGGCGGAUUUGGACGCGGCGGUCCUGUUGGAGGAGAACCCACAUUCCCAUUCAGAGGCAACAACAGUUCCAGCAUGACGUACCCUCGUACACAGCGUUUUAACUCCGUUCAACAACAUCUCGCUACCAACGAGAAAAUUGUUCCUGGGGGCAAAUUGCUCCCUUCCGGGCUACCCCCUGAGCAGGAAAAGCGGAUCAAGAUGCUUGAGGCAGAGGCCGAACGAAUGCGGACUGAGAUUGCGGAGAAGCAGAAACUUAAGCGCGAGGUGCUGAAUGAAUGGGACGUCAGGGAACGAGAGAGUGAGAGAGACUCUCUACGCAGUGACCUCGCAGAACAGCACUUGCAGCAGUUGAUGGAAGGCGACGAUGGGAUUGGGAGAGCAGCAUUCUAG